AUUCCUGUGGCAACUAGCUCUCUUCCCAACACUGGAGUCAUCACUGGAAACCCAUUAAGUGAUUGAGCAUAGCAACAUAGUAUGCGUCUCUUCAAAACGCGCAAAUCCACGGACACCUACAGCACUCUAGCAGCUCAGCAACACCAACAGCAGCAGCAGCAACAGCAAUCCGACAACACAAAAGCUUGCCAGAGCAGCAGCAACAGCAAAAGUCACACGCCAGCAACAUGCAGCAAUCGACUGAACAAGAGCAUUGUGAGCAGCAACACCAUAUCCUCAUCGCUGCCUGAUCUGCAUGACAAGUCGCCCGUCAUGAUACUCAGCUGCACAACCCUGGCCAGCAAUGGAGCCACCGCCACGGCAGCGGUCACAGCAACAUCAACAACAUCUGCCGGCGGUCUGCAGCAGCAGCAGCAGCAACAGCAACACCAUCAGCAGCAGCCGUUACGCACGGCCACGCCCACAUGUCUACUAAGUGGCCGGCAGACGCCAUCGGCCAUAUCGGUGAUGUCGCUCCAAGAAGCCACCAGUUUGCACCGCCAGCAACAACAGCAGCAGCAGCAACAUCAGCCACCCACUAUCUACGUGCCCGUGCCCACGAAACUUGGCAGCAAUGUCAACACUGGCAACAACUCGGCAACAUUGCUGCUGAGCUAUGGCAGCACCAACAGCAUUGCCACCAUGCAGCAACACCAACAGCAGCAGCAGCAGCAGCAGCAACAUGCUGCCCAGUACCAGCAAUAUGUUGCCCAGCGUCUGCAUGCCGCUUCCAGUAGCUGUUUGUAUGAGAAGGGGGCGAAUACCAGUGGAGGGGCGGGCAGUAACAAGAGCAGCCGAUCCCUGACCCCAAAUGGUCACCUGCCCGACUACAAACUGGUGACUGCGGUGCCAGUUGUUGUCCUGGACGAUGAACACAAAUCGAAUUCAUUGCCAGCCAACGAACCGAGUCGCAACAGCAACACCAACAUGAACAGCAGCAACAGCAACGGCAACAGCCUUGACGUCAGCAACAGCAACUCAAACAGUGGAAGCUCCACUUCUUUGGCCAGCACCACGAGAAAUGUUUUCACCUGGGGCAAGCGAAUGAGUCGCAAACUGGAUCUGCUGAAACGAAACGACUCGCCCGCCGCCGCCCACAAAUCACACUCGGAUCUGAGGAGUCUCUUCCACUCGCCAACGCACCACAAGAAUGGAUCCGGUGGAUCCAGCGGACCCAGUUCGUCGAAAGCCUCGCCCUCAUCCACUGGCGGCCAUCAGAGCACCUCCGGAUCCACGACCAGCACCCUCAAGAAGUGCAAGUCGGGGCCCAUUGAGACCAUCAAGCAGCGUCACCAGCAGCAGCAACAGUUGGCCCAGGAUGUGGGCACGGGACAGAGCCAAAGUGCUCAGUCCACGCCAACGCAUCAGUUCCAAGCGGCUGCCCGCCCACAGAAAGCUCUGAAGAACUUCUUCCAUCGGAUCGGCUCUACUGGCAUGCUUAACCAUCGCUCCCACAAUCUCCUUAAGGCUUCGGAGGCGGCUCAACAGGCCACACCAGCUGCUACCACCCUAUAUAGGAGCAGUUCCACGAGCCAACUGUCCAGCUGCUCUUACGUCAAGUGCGAUGAUCCCACCGAAGGUCUGAAUCUUCAAAGGGAGCAGCGGGAGCAACGCCUUCCGCGUAUCGCCAGUUUAAAGUCCAGUAGCUGCGAUGACAUAGCCAAGGUAAGCAGUUGUCUGACGGCCAGUACAAGUAGUGGCAGUGCUGCAGGCAGCCUGGGAUCUCCACCGAGCGGUGCAGCAUCAGCAGGAGGAGGAUCUACAUCCAGUGGCCAGCACGAUCCCUCGCGACGUGGGGCUUUUCCUUACGCCUUCCUGCGAUCACGCCUCUCUGUUUUGCCCGAGGAAAACCAUGGAAAUGGCCCAGGUCACCUGAAGCAACAAAUACAACGGCAGCGGGAGCAGCACCAACAACAUCAGAGGGAUCUUCUCCAGCAGGAGCAGGCAUCAUCGCCCCUACCCCAGCGCCGAUCCCCCGAACAGGCGAUGCUGAACAAUGUGUCACGCAACGACAGCAUCACCUCCAAGGACUGGGAACCACUUUACCAAAGAUUAAGUAGUUGUCUAAGUUCAAACGAGUCCGGCUACGACAGCGAUGGGGGUGCGACGGGAGCCCGACUGGGCAAUAAUCUGAGCAUCUCCGGCGGAGAUACCGAAUCUAUUGCCUCGGGAACGCUUAAGCGCAACUCGCUCAUCUCCCUCAGUUCGUCAGAAGGCGUGGGCAUGGGCAUGGGUCUGAGCAUGGGACUUGGAAUGGGUGUAACUCCAUCAACAAGGAACAGCAGCAUCUGCAGUGCUCCCGUAUCGCUCGGUGGCUAUAAUUACGACUACGAAACGGAGACAAUCCGGAGGAGAUUCAGGCAACUAAAGCUUGAGCGCAAGUGCCAGGAGGACUACAUUGGGAUUGUCCUUUCUCCCAAAACGGUGAUGACCAACAGCAAUGAGCAGCAGUAUCGGUAUCUUAUCGUGGAACUGGAACCUUACGGCAUGGCCCAAAAGGACGGCCGACUUCGUCUGGGUGAUGAAAUUGUCAACGUGAAUGGAAAGCACCUGCGCGGCAUUCAAUCCUUUGCGGAGGUUCAGCGCCUGCUGAGCAGCUUUGUCGACAACUGCAUCGACCUGGUGAUUGCCCACGAUGAGGUGACGACGGUCACAGAUUUCUACACAAAAAUCCGGAUCGAUGGGAUGAGCACACAGCGCCACAGGCUGAGUUAUGUCCAACGCACCCAAAGCACCGACAGUCUGACCAGCAUGCAGAGUCUGCAUAUACAGCAGGAGAGGAUUCAGGGACAGAAUCAGGAGCAGGAGCAAGAGCCGGAUACCCAGGGGGAGGAUCAAUGCGAUGCACGAUCAUUGGCCAGUGUCAGUACACUGCCCAAUCCGAUGCCGCUGAUGCAGCACCGUAGGAGCUCCACGCCCAGGCACUCACUGGAAAUGGGUGGGGCGGAGCACGAGCUUCUUAGAAGGCGGGCACGCAGCUCCUCAGGUCAGCGCAGCUUGGCUCUAACACCGACCCCACUGUUUGCCAGCAGCAGCAGCAGCUGCUCCUCCUCCCCUAACCAUCGGUUGCUGGAUAACGAGAAUGACCCUGCUAACGAUACAGAUUCCUAUACGCCAGUGUAUGCAAAUCGGGCGGCGAGCGUGUGUGUGGCCUCCUCUUUGGCGGACGAUGAGAAGUGGAAGCUGCUGGCCCGAAAACGCUGCUCCGAGGGAUCCGCUUUAUCUGCUGCGCCGAGUCCCCAGCAAUUUGGUCAGCGCACCCACUACGCCAGGAACUCCAUUAACCUGGCCAACUCACACUACCGCUCGCUCCGGUUUGCCCACUCGCGAUUGAGUUCGUCGCGCCUCAGCCUGUUUAUGCAGGCGCCGCCUAACAGUCUAACCGUCGGGGAGGGAGUCUCUAACACCCCAUCCUCUCAAGCCACCACAACCACUGAUCUCACUAACCAGCAGCAACAGCAGCAAAACCAGCAACAGACACACCAAUCACUGUACAUCAAGCACUCGCCAAAGAGCGUCUCAUUGUUCUCGCCUAAUCCCUAUGUUAACGCCUCAUCCUCACCAGCUUCGGCAUCAACAUCAGCGGGCGCAGGUACUUCCUUGGCCCCGCCUGCCGCUGCCCUAAUGCAUCACAGGCCAUCACUGCCGGUGGCCAAACUAACUAUACGCGAUGAGGAAAUGGCGGAGGUCAUCCGCGCAUCAAUGAGUGAGGGCAGUGGUCGUUGCACCCCGAAGACAAUCACCUUCUUCAAGGGACCCGGACUGAAAUCACUGGGCUUCAGCAUUGUGGGUGGUCGCGAUUCACCCAAGGGAAAUAUGGGUAUCUUUGUGAAGACCGUAUUUCCCUCAGGCCAGGCAGCCGAUGAUGGAACUCUACAAGCAGGCGAUGAGAUUGUGGAGAUAAAUGGCAACUCAGUGCAGGGCAUGAGUCAUGCUGAAACCAUUGGACUCUUCAAAAACGUUAGAGAAGGCACCAUUGUGCUCAAGAUCUUGAGAAGAAAGUAAGUCCAGCAAAGUAACUAUUCUUAUAAAUAUAAAUCUAACGCUCCUUUUUCCUUUUACAGAUUGCAAAAAGCUAAAUCGAUGGGUUGUUAGUAAAUACCCAUUUUUGACUUAUCCCCAUGAUAAUACCUGAUUAUGGACAACCUGCAUCGUUUAACCAAGUUAAAUGUUAGCUUCACCACUUGAGUGAAGUCUUUUUUCGUAAUCGUACAAAGCCCCUUGAAAGAACUAUACUUACACACAGACUUUAAUUAGCACCUAGAACCCAAAAUAGUAUAUACACAAUUGUAUGGAGUUACAAUUUUAAAUUAUUUACCCAUUCUAGACUAGGCUAAGGUUCGAAACGUUGUACAACUUCUAUAUACAUACAAGUUAAAUAUAUUUACCUGAAAAACUA